GGGACACGUCAGAAUAUCGCCACCUUAUACACUAGUAGCAUAUGCUACCACCUCAGCUGCUUAGAAGACUAUAGCAAGAUUCCAGUGUACUACAUUCACUGGACAUCGGCGAUCUUUUCAAGCAGUGGACCAGUAAACGGUCUGGCAUGAUUCCAAAACAAUGGCUUCCAGGGGCAUGUUUUCUGAUUGGCUGUUUUGGGUUGGUGAUGCCACAGCCCGUUGUCGGAAUACAGUCGGCUAAAAAUGACUUCGCUUUCCAGCUUCAACUCGACCGCCAGUUUGCGAUAACAGAUGUAGAUUCUUCAAGGCCGUCUGCUCGAGCCUCGCACACCGCAUUUUCAGGUAGCGGCGCUAUAGCUCGUGCACUUGGCGACCAGUUUUUGAACCGCAUAACAGCAGCUAGGAACGCAGCACCCGGACCCCGGCCUGGUGCGACCCUUCAGGAAUUCGAGGACACCAUGAAGCAGGCGAUGAUGGCAAUUCCAAAGGUUGGGGUGUGUUCAGCCUUCAUGGGCGUCUGUGACAACUCAAGCAUCUACCGCACAGCCGACGGCAGCUGCAACAACCUCAACAACCCAACAUGGGGAAUGUCCAAUACACCACAGAGACGCUACUUGCUGCCCAAGUAUAAUGACGGAAUACGCAGUCCACGUACUCGUGGUGUGUUCAGCGAUCCUCUGCCAAGUGCCCGACUGGUCAGCACCACCGUCCACGCCCCCGACGACAAGGCCCCUCAGAUGAAAUUCAUCUCCCAAAUACUGACGCAGUGGGGGCUGUUCCUGGCCCUCGACAUCACAAGCACGCCAAUAAGGACAGGACUUGACGGUCGACCUCUGACGUGUUGUCCUGAAGACCUUCCGCCUCUGCUGAAGGGGAUUCUUGACACGGCUCUUAGAGACGGGUGUUUCCCUAUCGAUAUCCCCCAAGGGGACAGGUUCUUCCGUAGGAGAUGCAUGCACUUUCCCCGGUCUAUACAGGUAGAGAAUCCGCAGUGCACUGGAGUGCCAGCGGAGCAGCUCAACCAACGGACGGCGUACAUCGACGCCUCCCCUCUGUAUGGGACGACUGCUGAAGAGGCCGCAGGCCUCAGGGCCAUGGUUGAUGGUUUAUUGAAAACGUCGAUGGGGGUGUCAAGUAUACAGACCAUAUUCAUGAGAGAGCAUAACAGAACAGCCCGGUCUCUCAAGAAGAUCAACCCACAUUGGAAUGACGAAAGACUCUUUCAGGAGACCAGGAGAAUUAUUGGCGCCAUCGUCCAGAAGAUUACUUAUAACCAUUUCCUUCCGCUCGUUCUGAACAAGUUCGCCCUCGCCAAGUAUAAACUGGGGUCCCCCAGAUACGGAUACUAUAACGUUUAUAGUAGAUCCACUGACGCAAGCAUCGUUAACGCGUUUUCGACAGCCGCAUUUCGGUUCGGACACUCCAUUCCUAGAUCUGUGGUCAGCAGAGUGCGGCCGGACUUCUCCACAAGGAGGUUUGAGCGUUUGUUCCGGGUGUUCCUCAACACCGGGUCAAGUGAUGGGGAAGCUGUUGGUGACUAUGUAAGGGGUGAGUUGAACGACAGAGCGAAUCCGGUUGACCGCUUCAUGUCGACGGAUCUGACAGACAGGCUGUUUCUCGUCAAUAACAACAGCCUCGAUCUGGCCGCUUUCAACAUCCAGCGGGGUCGGGACCAUGGUUUGCCGGGGUAUUCGGCGUUCAGGCAGCUGUGUGGUCUACCCGGGGUGUACAACUUCCGACCUUCCCAUGGAGGACUCGUGGACCAUGAUCCCCACACUGCAAGACUUCUGGAAUCUGUCUACAAGGAUCCUGAGGAUAUUGACCUGUUUACUGGAGGGGUCUCGGAGAAACCAAUCGAAAAGAGUUUAGUUGGACCCCUGUUUACCUGUCUACUGGGACGUCAGUUUUCAGCCUUGAAGAGAGGGGAUCGGUUCUGGUAUGAGCUCAGUGACCCUGUCACGCGGUUUACACCGGAUCAGCUGUUGGAGAUUCGAAAGACCACCCUGUCCCGCAUCGUGUGUGACAACACCAAUACCUUCCACGUCCAGAGAGAUGCCUUCAGACUCAAGUCCGCAUCGAAUCACCGUGUCCCGUGUUACAGCUUGCCUCGUCUGGACCUGACCAAGUGGAGAGAACAACAGCCUCAGUGGUCAAGCUGGUCCGCCGCGUCAGACUGUUCAACCAGAGUUACCUUCCAGUUCCGGAGGAGGACGUGCAUACCGGAAGAAGGUGGAUGUCGCGGGCCGCGGGAAAUGAGGCGCAUGUGCCCGUCACGGGGGUAGUGGAAUCGGAUGUGCAUGAAACAUUAUUGUGUUCGAAGUGUUUGUGUAGAGAAUUGUGCACAAUUUGAAACAUGAUUUUGAAAUAUUACAAAUAAACAUAUUGGUCAAACGACACGUUUGGUA